AUGCAGCGUCAGCUCCUCUCCGCCGCCGCGCGCGCCGCCCGCGCCCCGGCCGUCCGCUCCACCGUCCAGCGCCGCUUCGCCAGCACCACCGAGAACGCCUUCAUCAAGGAGCGUGAGGCUGCCAAGCACCACGCCGCGGAAACCACCGGCCUCUGGCGCAAGAUCUCCAUCUAUACCAAAUCUGUGGUCCCGCGAGAUAUCUGCCCGGCCAUCUUAGUCAAUGCCGCUAUAUUGAGUAUCACGAAGAAGCCGGAAAAGAGCGCGGGAUUUGAUUCGGGAACUGCUGGGGAGACAUGGGAGACUGAUAUCAAGAGUGCAAAUGCUAACCCCAAGGUCUUCACUUUCCACAGCGCUUGCAUCCCCGCCCUCGGCCUCGCUGCCGCCAACGCCUACGUCCUCUGGAACGAGCACUGGGACCACUGGAGCCACAUGCCCCCUCUGGAGGAGCGCGUCGAGUACUCUUACCAGAACAUCCGCACCAAGAACUACCAAUGGGGCAACGGUGACAAGACCAUCUUCUGGAACGACAACGUCAACUACCACAACCCCGACAAGGCUUAA